CCCGCAGCCAUGCUACCCUCCAUGGGGCGGCUGCUGACUUCAUGGCCAGCUCUGCUGAUACUCUGGGUCUCUUUCCUUUCCCCAGCAAUGACAUCUGAAGAGACCCUGCAUGUGAAGACCCCCAUCCGGGACAGCAUGUCCAUGUCCAAGGUGGCAGGUACCAGUGUCUACCUGAAGAUGGACAGUGCCCAGCCCUCUGGCUCUUUCAAGAUCCGGGGUAUCGGACACCUCUGCAAGAUGUGGGCUGAGCGAGGCUGUGAACAUUUCAUCUGCUCCUCAGCAGGCAACGCGGGCAUGGCGGUUGCCUAUGCUGCCAGAAGGCUGGGCAUCCCCACCACAAUCAUCGUGCCCUGCACCACACCUGCUUUCACCAUCGAGCGGCUCAAGAAUGAGGGUGCCAUCGUCAAGGUGAUGGGCGAGACACUGGACGAGGCAUUCGAGCUGGCCAAGGCCCUGGCAAAGAACAACCCAGGCUGGGUCUACAUCUCCCCCUUUAACGACCCCCUCAUCUGGGAAGGCCACACUUCCAUCGUGAAAGAGCUGAAGGAGACGCUGAGUGCAAAGCCAGGGGCCAUCGUGCUGUCGGUGGGCAGUGGGGGCCUGUUGUGCGGAGUGGUCCAGGGGCUGCAGGAGGUGGGCUGGAGAGACGUGCCCAUCAUUGCCAUGGAGACUAUCGGUGCUCACAGCUUCCACGCUGCCACCACUGCCGGCAAGCUGGUCUCCCUACCCAAGAUUACCAGUGUUGCCAAGGCCCUGGGCGUGAAGACUGUGGCAGCUCAGACCCUGAAGCUAUUUCAGGAACACCUCAUUUUCUCCGAAGUUAUCUCGGACCAGGAGGCUGUGGCUGCCAUUGAGAAGUUUGUGGAUGACGAGAAGACCCUGGUGGAGCCUGCCUGUGGAGCAGCCCUGGCUGCAGUCUACAGCCGCGUGGUUCAGAAGCUGCAGGGAGAAGGGAAGCUCCGUGCCCCCCUAGCCUCCCUCGUGAUCAUUGUCUGCGGCGGCAGCAACAUCAGCCUGGCCCAGCUGUGGGAGCUCAAGGAACAGCUGGGCAUGAAGAAUGGGCUGCCCAAGUGAGCCUUCACCCACUUGACCCCCUGCCCAGGACGCCCCUACUGGGGCUGGAGUUUUAUCCAGCGACUCAUCGCAAAUAGUAUUCUUGUGUUUGGUGGUGAGCCUGUGGCCCGGACCUGCA